UUUGACAGUGGGCAAGGGGAAAGGGGAAAGCGCGCAAAGCAACUCAUGCAGGGCGCUACAACCUGUCCUAUAGUACUGCUCUAGACCUUGCAUUCUCAGUCCUGUGGCUGUGGGUGGUGCACUGCCAAGCGUUGUGCAAGCCAGCUUUCAGAAUGAAGAUAAAGUUUUCAGAACUGUGAAGCAAAUCUUGGACAAAGCUUCUACCCAGGCUCUGGAGAUCCUGCAAAUUAGGUCGUAUUACCCUCCUGUCUUCUGAGCUGUUUUUACCCAGGUGCAGACGAUGAGAGAAUUGUCAAUACAUCCAGUGUGCUGUAGCUACUAGCCAGUACUGUAUGCUGAACAAGGAGGGGCCUAUCUGUACUUGACCUAGGCUUUCUCUUUCACUGGAUUGCUGAACAGGAGAGAUGUGGUUCACAGCUUAGACAAUUUCCAAAGAUGAGCACUAGAUGUACGGUUGUUUCCAACCGGCCAAUCGGUGCAGGCCUCUGCUUGGAAAGGAUUUUUGCAAAGAAGACUGAGCCGCUCUUGCCCAACUCAAGUCCAGCAAUCCCGAAUGAAAGCCGGAGAGGUGGUAAAAGGUUCCUCCGGCGCCCCUUUGCCGUGUGCGCAUGGUGUCAACUUUCCCCCUCAGUUUCUGGAGACUGUCAAAGCAGGAAGACCACAUGCCAAGUUGCAAGCUUGACACCAGCUUUUCAAUCUGGACUGCAUAAGCUAUCCGUUCACAAGAGCACAAGACGUCCGGCAUCAGUGGCUUCCGUUGCUCCCACAGAGGGUAAAGAAAACGUGGAUAAUGUCAAAGUCGAAGCAUACCUGGAGCGGAUAGCUUAUCAGGGACCGCCACCUUAUAUGGUGGAAGGAGAGGAAGGAGAAGCGCUGGAGGCUUUGCGGAGCCUGCAUUGGGCUCACCUUCUGGCGGUACCUUUUGAGAACCUGAGUGUUCACAACGGGGAGACAAUCCAGCUAGACUACGAUAAGCUGUACGACAAGAUAGUGAGGCGGAGGAGGGGCGGGUUUUGCUAUGAGAACAACGGCUGCUUUGCCUGGCUGUUGCGACAACUGGGCUACCAGGUCUCCCUCAUGUCGGCCAGCGUUUUCCAGCAGGGAGCGCAGGGGGGCCGCUUCGGCCCCGAAUAUGACCAUCUCGUCUUGAUGGUCCACAUUGGGAAGAAACGGUGGCUUGCGGACGUCGGCUUUGGCAGUAGCUACCCCGACCUCCUCGACUUCGACACUCGGGACGAACAGGUCCAAGUAACGGGCCGGCACCGCGUGCUGCCGGACAUUUUGCUGCGCGGUUCGGGGGUGUACGUGUACUGGCAGUGGAUGCCCCCCCCUGGGAGCAGCGUCCAGGCGCCCGGGGAGUGGCAACCGAGGCACCGGUUCUGCAUACGGCCGAAGCAGCUGGAGGACUUUCGCCAGAUGUGCACGUUCCACCAGAGUAGCCCUGAGUCCUUCUUCCGCAAGGGCCUUCUCGUGUCGCGGUUACGGGGGCCCGAGGAGGGGGGUGGCACGAUUACACUGACCGACAGCAAACUCAUUGUAUAUACCGCAGACACGGACGAACGCACGGAAGAGUUGAUAGACAGCCAGGAGCGCUUCAACGACGAGCUGCAAAAACACUUUGGUAUUAGCGAACCUGGCUGACUGGAGAAAAUCCGUUCUUCACGAGUUUCGACAUCGUACAAUAAUCUGCGUUUAAAAGAGAUCAGCCCAGCUGGUACCGACCGGAUUAGGCCUGCCAAUACAGCUCCUAGCGGACCAGCCAAUGCACAAGCUUGCAAGAUGAGCGUAUCAAGCCCUAGAAGGAGCAUCUAUGGUGACAUUCUUUAGAACUCUAGAAUUGCGUUUGCCGUGAGAACUGGACUUGUAAUGGGAUCCAUCUACCGCCGCGGCCGGGGAUGGUAAGAACCUCAAGAGAACUUUGAGUCUGAUCGACGCACCAAGAUCACGAACUCGUUCACCUAUGGGACGAGAUUCCCCGCUGGCACAAGGUCGACCGGCUUAGUAGAUGUUUUAGUUACGUGG